AUUUCCGCCUGGGUCCAUUCACUGUCGGGCAUAGAGAGGGUUAGGACCCGAUCCUGUCUGCGGUGUGACUCACAUUAUUAUCAACAAAAAUGUACUAUAGAGUCAGUGGAGUCACUGGAAAAUUAACGGGGGCCACAGCAGCGUCUGCUUACACUCCACAGGGACUAAAGCCUACGGUGCCUGCUCAAGCCCCUCAGAUGGUCUUUGCUUCACCAACCAAGGUUGUUUCAGAGACCGGGUCAGUGGCACACUACAUGGGAAUAAACAAUGUCCCUGAGCUGCAGAAGAUUUUCCAGAGGAUGAGGAAGACCAUGAUGAUGGUGGGAGAACAUGUGCGGGACAAUCUUGCUGCUGCUGUGUCUGCUCCAAACAUUUGUGUGCCUGCUCUCCAUGAGCAUGACUACCAGCAAAACAUUUAAACAGCCGUCACCACCAGUGUGCCCUUGAGCAAGGCACUUUACUCCAGGUUGAUCCAGGGGGGUCGUCCCUGUAAUAAGUGCACUGUAAGUCGCUUUGGAUAAAAGCAUCUGCCAAAUUCAUAAAUGUAAAUAAAUAUAAAUGUGAUUUUUGUAAAUCCAUUUUUGUAAGUGUCUCGGGCACCAACGCUCAAUAAAGCUGCUUAUUUCUUAAAGUUUAUUUCUUCAAGCUACUACUAUAAUAUAAAUGCAUACAUCAAUUUCAUACAAUUUCUGUUUGGGGGGCUUAAAGCAUUAGUUCAACCAAACAUUUAAAUUUAAAUCCCUGUUUUUUUUUCUGAACACAAAAGGUGAUUUUGGUCAAAUUUGUCCUCCUGGUUUCUGUUCAUACAAUAUCAGUCAAUGGAGCCUGACUUCCAGAAGCUUCAUGACAUUAUUUGAUGAUGCCUUUGAAGCUUCUGAAAGUCGGGCUCCAUUGUAUGAACAGAAACCAGCAGAACGAACUUGAUCAAAAUCACAUCCUCAAUGUCUUUUGGUCUAUUUCUAGAUGCUUUCACUGGCUCUGGGCUCACUGAGAACACAGAGAGAACAAGAGAACACAGCAACAUCCGGGCCAGAUGAGGCAAAAAGGGCAGGUGGAGUGAUAGAGGGUCCAUGGCACUAUACCUUUUCCAGGAUGCUGCUGUGGGCUCACCAUUCUCUGUGCUCACACCAGUCUGUGGACAUUUCAGAUCCUACAAAAAUGCACAAACAUAAUACAAAAGUAGUCAUUUUAACAGCACAAUGUCAUUUGAUUUCUGUAUUAGAAGUAACAAAAUGAUCUUACUUUACAUUUUUGUUUCAGGUUUUCUUUUUUUCCACUAAUGUCACCAUCACCUUGUCUUGCAGGCCCUGCUCCACCAUAAAAGCUCUACAGCAAAUGCACAGAAAUCAAGAAUCAGAAAAGUGCUGUAAUAACUCUGUUUGAAAAUACAAUCAUUAAAAUAAACUACAAAUUAAGAUUUAAA